CUACCUGACCAACGGGCUGACGUCUCUCGAGCGUUUCCCCAUCAGCUUUAAAACCCAGUUCUCCGGACACUGCUUCCACCACGUGGUUCUGGGCGUUUACUGCAACGGGCGCUACGGGUCGCUGGGCAUGAGCCGGCGCCCCGACCUGAUGGACAAACCACUGACUCACCGCACGCUGGGAGAACUGGUGGCCGACUUCGAGAGCUCCUACAAGAGAUACCAGCACACUCUGAAGAAGGUGAAGAUCGGCCUGUACGUGCCUCACGACCCUCACGUCUUCCAGCCAAUCGAAUGGAAGCAUUUGGUGUUGAACGCCGCCCGACUGGGACCUCAGGAGAUGAGGAAGGAGCUGGAGAAACACGGCCGGGACAUGAGGAUGAAGAUCCUCAAAUCGUCGAGUGCCCAGUCACCAAUCAAGGAGCGGAGCCGCGGGAAAUCCUUAUCACCACGGCGACGACAGAGCACGCAACGCAGAGACAAAUCGCCGGCCUCGGUGGACAGGAAGCCUCCGGAGCUCAGCACUCUGAACGACGGGUACCAGAUCCGCAUCUGACCCGUCCUUCUGCUCCUCAUCGUCAAACAUCCGUCCACUGGCGAGUCAUUUUCCACCAUCACGUGUUUUCCAGGAGCUGGAUCAUGGACACACACACACACACACACACACACACACACACACACACACACACA